AGGGCUAAAUGAGAGGGGGGGUCCCCAACCCCGGAUCGAUGCCUAUUAAGAACCGGGUGCGGAUUCAAAUCCCAGGCCUCCCUCCUUCCUUGGGAGCUUUGGAGGGACCAUUGGGACAGCUGGGGUCAGCCUAGAUGGCCACAGGUGUACCUUUCCAGCUCAACCGUUCUAUGAUUUGAGGACCCUUUCUGUCGUUCUACAAUCCUGUGAAUUCCUCCCCCCUUCCCCCCAGAGCCGAAUUAUUAUUGGGUUUCGGCCUCCCCUCCGGCGGGUAUUUAUAUCCUGGGAAAUGUCCGGCGCCCCGAGGGAACGGCUCAGCCCCGAGUGUGAGGUCAGUGGGGUCUCUGCCUUCCCAAAGCCUAAAAACGUCAAGGCCCAUCCCUCGUUUCGUAGCUCCACAGUUCCUGCUUUCUCGUGGGCGAGGCUAGAUGACCCUGGGACCCUUUUUCCAUCCCUCCUGUUGAUCCUGCGCAACAACCUGGAGCUCCUGCUUUUCUGCAGGCAGGGAUUGCGUAGAAAACGGCCUUUCCACCAGCAAACCAAAGCCCAUCCCCGCAGGCGGAAGUGCCGUUGCUCAGGCCUCUUUUUCUCCUUUAGAAAUGAGUUUCUUAGAGCUGCACUGGUGAGAUUCCCGCCUGGGAAAGCACAGCUUUCGCCUGCCCAUCUAGCUGCACCCUUGCGAUUUCGGCCCGUCUGCAUUUAAAUCUAAAUUUCCCAUUAAUUUAUGGGAGAAAUCUGGCCAGGAAAAAGCCAUUUCUCCCACUAGCUUGGCCUGUUGAAUGCCUGCCCGCCGAUGUCACACACGCCGGCUUCACAAUGGUCGCCGCCGGCGAGCCCAGCUGCCCCCAGGAGGCAGCCUGCACCCCAGAGAAGUCAGGGCCCACCCAGCCACCCCCAACACCCAAAGGUGCCAGGUUAAGAUGGCGGCUGCUCAGAAAGGGAAGUUUUUCCCGCAGGAACCAUAUUACAUUCCAGGGUACUCGGGCUUCUACCCCCAGGUCCGCUUCGAGGUGGGCAAGCCCUACGGCCGCAUCACCUGUGACGUCCUGACUGACCCCAACGUCCAGAAAAGCCCUGUUUCCGUCCUGGCACCGCUGACCAGGCCUAAAUUUGUCGGCGACUUCACCGGCCGUGACCGGCCAUUCAGCCAAUGCAUGGACCAGCACCAAAACUACAUCCCGGGGUAUUCCGGCUUUGUCCCUUACCAGGGCUGCAUUCCCAUUCCAGGCCGGGUGCCGCCACGCACUACGUUUCCCCCACAAGGCAACCGACCAUGUGUGCGGGUGCCGCCGCCAGGCAAAGACACCCCCUCCUGCCACCCGGGCAUCCGCCUCGCCUGCGGGCCCGGCUGGCGCCAGUUUGCCUCGUCGGCCGGCGCAGACUUGCACCCGGCGCUCACCGGUGCAGACUUGAACCCAGAUUCGAAGAUGUACUUGUGCCACCCGGACGUGGCGCUGGUGUGUGGCCGGGACCGGGGGCAGCCCUGCGACCCGGGGAUGUCCCUGAUUUGUGGGCAGGGCUGGAGGGCCGUCCCGUGCAGCGGAGGCGGCGCAGGGAGCGAGGAGCCAACCCGGAUCGAGGGCACACCCCUCCCGCUGGCCACCGAGACGUCGGACGUUUGUCGAUUCGAUCGCACACCCAAGAUGGACACGCCCAACCUGAUCCAGCGGAAGGCUAUCUCGGGCUACACAGGCUACAUCCCUCGCUUCCCCUGGAUCAUGGGCGAAAACUAUCUGACGGGGGUGAAGGACGCCAUGAACGAGUUUGACCGCAACCAGGAAAUGCUUCGGAGCCCCAUGUACAGCUUUGGGAAGCGCCAUCCCCGCACCUACUGGCCCAACACCAAGAUUUACACCAGCGGAGGCCUGAUGCCCUUCUACACCGGCUUCGUGCCCACAAUCCGCGACAACUAUGCCCAAACCUUUGGCAACAGCACCCGCCAAGCCUAUUUUGGUGAACUUCAGCGGAGGCAGCGCGAGGGUUGAAAAGAGGAUUUUUAAUGGCCGCCCAGACAACGCCGGCGGCAACGGCA